AUGCCCAAGUCCAAAGAAAUGCCCAAGUUCAAAGAAAGCAUUAUGACUUUCGAUUUGUCUCAACCAAAUCUGCCGAGUAAACAUCGUUAUCUGAAAAGAACUCCAGACCAAUGGAAAAGCUUGCAGCUUCAGAAUGAGCUAGCGCCACCAGUAGCAACACCAAAAGCUGAUGCCACCAGGAAGGAGAUGGAAAGAUAUCGAAAAAGUUGGAUCAAAUUUCAUGAGGAGGAACUUCACAAGGACCCAGCUUUCGAGAAGAUAACGAAAUCUUCAGAUAUAACUCCAUGGCUUCAUUACAGAGAAUCAGGCCGUGAUGUAGAGCAAUCCGCUCAGAGUACAAUCAUAACGAGAUUUGGUUAUAUCGGAAUGCUCUAUUCGGAGGCUACCGGUGGAGAGGGACUCUCCAAAAAGAUAUGCAGAGAGGUUAAUGCUUAUAUAAAAACAACGAUGACAAAUGCUUGUAAUCUCAAGGUCGGAGGAAAGGAAAAGCCAGUAGUCACAGCAAUUUGUUUUAUUCGACUCAUCGAGGGCCUUUGGAAGUGCCAUAAUCACCUGCCUAGUCGAAAGAUGGUCCAAUUUUUGUUCAAUAUGAAACUCAUGGCAUACACGGCUGCUAGGCCUGGCUCUUUGGUAGCAACACAGGCUUAUGAUAACGAGGCACUCCUAUACAAGGAGGUCAAAUUGAUUCUUGUUCCAUGUCAAUCCACGGAGGAGCCAGUAAUGGCACUCGAGAUAAAGUUAUACCGAAUGAAAGGCAAAAGAAAGGCCAAUGAACCCUUGCAUAUUCCAUUUCGAAAUGAUAUCUUAGAGGUUCCGAUAUGUCGUGGGAGCGGUGGUGCACCCAUGACUUAUCACUCAUUGGAUUUCCAGGUGAAGCGUGCAGGAAUAGGCGCAGGGUUUCAGAAAACACCGGGCUGCUAUUGGUUGAGAAGAGGGGCUGCAAAUGCUUUGAACGGAACAGUCACAGGCCCGGAAUUACGGUUGAUCAUGGGGCACAGCACUGAAGCGGUAUUCAACAGACGUUACCUCAGUCGUACAAUUCGGGCCGAUACACAGUCCGCUUUUCUUGGGAAUACGCCGGCAGAUGAAACCUUUCAACUUCUCAAGCGUAUUGAGAGAAACCCUUUGGCACCGCUAGAGCUCACACCUGAACGCAGAGAGAAAGUACUGAAAGACCCUGGGCUGCUUCACAUGCAAAGUGAACUGAAAAGGAUUAAGGAAGAACUUACUGAAAAGGAUAAACAUGUUAUUGGGAGGACAAAAUUGUUCGAUGUUCGUGACGACUUGACUUAUAUAACCCUCUAUCAUGAGGUAGAGGCCACCAAACGCCGUCUUCUGAGGGAGGCGUUUGAACAACAGAGGAAGGAGUUUUUCCAAAUUGCCAGCAGCAAUGAAAUACGUCACCAACUCGAAUCGAACGGAACAUUGAACAACAGCGUGGCAUCUCCCAGAGAAUACGAUUCGGCAGAACAAGAGAAGGUUAUGGAAGGUGUCUACAGUUGUUCCUCAAGCUCUUACCCCCGCCCGGAAAUCCUAAACGAUUUGGUUCAGUUUUGUAUAAAUGAUAAUAGAGCAUCGAAGGAGAACCCUACGAUAAACCUUGUGGCUCCCCCGGAACCGAAAGCUGUAGGCUUGGGUGAUAUUGGAAUGGCCGAUAUACCGAUUGACCCAAGACUACUGGACGAUAUAUCCACUGACCCAAGUCUCAUUACGUCCACUAAACCGAUCGGAUCUUCGAAAGCCAAGCACGCGAUUUCCAAAAACUGUCCUUUUUGCGAGGGAAAAAAAGCGGAGGUUCCUUUUUCCUCGCCCAGUAAUCUUAGAAAACAUGUGAGGAACCUGCACCUCAAGAAGCAAAUUGCACGACUAGCCAGUGAAGAACAAGUCCGAUGCCCUGGUAAAGGUUGCACCGCGAUGUAUCCAGAGUUCGAGAAACUUAAAGGCCACAUCCAUCUAUCCCAUGGCGUCCAGUUGUAA